CUGAUUGGACGUCAGUCUUCAGUGGGCGUAUCAGGAUACAGUUGUUUUGUUACUGUUGUGCGGGCGUUACUCAAACAUUAUUACUACAAAAUUAUAUACUGUACCAAUUGUACAUUUCUUGUAACUCUGUUGCCAGUUUACGGUCCGUGUAGAAAAUGGCAAACGUCGACCUCGCUCAGGUUGGAAAGAACUUGUUGAAGAGCGCUGACACUGGAGAGAGUGUAGAGCUCCAGUCUCUGUGGCAGGACCAGCCGGUGGUCUUGUUCUUCCUGCGCAGGUUUGGCUGUCAGGUGUGUCGGUGGAUGGCAUCAGAGAUCAACAAACUAGAGCCAGACCUGAGAGCCAGCGGUGUAGCACUGGUGGGCGUCGGACCAGAAAAUUUCGGGCUGAAGGAAUUCAAGGAAGGAGGUUUUUUCAAAGGAUCCAUUUACGUUGAUGAACAAAAGAAAAGCUACAAGGAUUUGGGCUUCAAAAGAUAUACAGCCAUAAGUGUGGUUCCUGCUGCUUUGGGGAAGAAAGUACGAGAUGUAGCUGCAAAGGCCAAAGCUGAAGGCAUCCAGGGAAACUUCUCAGGAGAUCUGCUCCAGAGCGGAGGCAUGCUCAUUGUGGCCAAAGGUGGAGAAAAGGUCCUACUGCACUUUAUCCAGGAUUCACCGGGGGACCACUUACCUCUGGAGGAUAUUUCCAAGGCUUUGGGUAUCUCAGCCAAAGCAAAAGCAGGACAGAGGCCAGUGUGCAAUGAUGAAAUUUGUACACAAUGAUGACCUUGCUGCCCAUUGUACAUGAUGAACACAUCGAGAUUGAAGAAGUGGAAUGUCAUAAAAAUACUAAAGUGAACAUAAAACUACUGCCAAUUUUCUUAAUUGGUAGAAAUUUCUUUGUGACAAUAUAUUAUUGUAUUAUAUUAUCUACAGUGAAAGCAACAGUGACAUUCCUUUAUAAUCGUUACCUUUUAAUUGUAAUAAAUGUCAUGAAUUUUAAACUUGCCUUGCACUUAUACUGAUUAUGAUGAUUGUUUUUUUAAAUUGAGUAUUUAUGAAUUUGCAUUUAUUACUCAGUUUAAAAAAUAAAUAAAUAAUUUUGCAUGUAUCUAAUUAUAACAAAAGUUUAAAUUCAAUACUUGGCUUCAGUCCAUGAUACCUAACUUUUUGACAUGACAAACGGGUAUCCUGCCUAUAUGCACGACCAAUUGUUUGCUUACUACAUUAAUAAUUCAAAACUCUUAUGGCUCCAUCAUCGGGUUACACAUCAUCAUUGUAGUGCUUUCAUUUACUCCCCUUCAACAAAUCUUCACAUUAUAUCCACUGCAGUGUUUACUCUCCAUCAGUGUGUUGACCUGAGACUUAAAAUUAAAAAUGUACUGAUUUUGUCA